AUGUCUGCUACAAAGGACCAGUCUCACGACACUUGCGAACACCCUAACUCCGACACCGACUCUGUCCAUAGCGACGGCACCGAGUCCAGUGUUCCCAACUCUGACGCCACGCAGGCCUCCACCAAUCCGCCUGGGACGCCGCCGAACGAAGUCCAGCAGCUCUCGGAUGUCGCCAUUCGGUCGCCGGGCAACUCAUUCAGGGAGAACGAUAGAAUCACCGGACCCCACACCCGAAUCCUCGCGGGCGAAAUGCCCCUCGACGACAUGGUGGAUUCCGCGACAACCUUUGACGGUCUACCACAGCAGUUUCUAGGAGCAGUCCAGGCUGGAUCUGCUCACGAUGAAUCUGAUCGCAAGCUUUCCAUACAUCUCCUUGGGUACCUCCUCGAGCUGAAGCGCGAGUGGACUCACGCCUGCAGGCGUGGGUUUGUCACGCAGGACAUUCACGGCGCCGAUGAGAACCAGUACCACAUAUUGCAGAAGUUUGUGGUCAAUGCAUGGAACAACGAGACUGCCUCGUCCGAUGUAGCUUCGAAGAGUUGGAUUGCCUUCGUCCGGUGCAUUCGCGUCGACUUCUGGUCUGCUGAGCACAAGAUCGUGCUCAUCGCACCAACGCUCGAGGAAGAUCUUACCAACGACAUCGCCAGCUAUAUGGCUUUGGUCCUGCGACAGAGUGAACCCGAGCCCUUCCGAUCGACCAUCGCCGCCGUGGAAGACAGCAUUGUCAAGACGGAUACCCUGCAGACCGUGCUCAAGUGCAGUGCAGUGCAUAUUGACGCUGCGGUCGAUAACGAAGACUGCGACGAGAACGAGGUCUCUGGGACCGGGCUGCCGAGUGUUCUUGGUCCCCUCGUCUUCUUCUGCUCGGUGGCGCAGACAGCGGAAGAAUUCGUGUACCAGACUGGCAAGAUCGCGGAGCUCGUAAAUAGCCAGCCGCUGCUGCAAGGCUUUUUGCACGCUCUCAUUGGGCCCCCGCAGACGACCUCGUCUGCUACCACCGAUUACGAAUGUGGUCCGGGGGAGCGCAUCGAGUGUCGCGUCCUCCUGUACAAUCGUGACGAUUUCCCGCAGUUCCUCCAUCGCGCCAACAAAGCGAAGACACUCACCGACUGGAAUCACAACGAGCACCACAUGUGGUUGAAGACCACCCGUGGCCGCUUCCCCGUGACCGUUCCCGCGGACGGUUGGAGGAACUUCGUCCAGAAACUCGAAACCAUCCGUAUGUCCUAUGCUGCGGUGGCUACCGAAGCGCGCCGUGCCAUCCCACAUCUUGGUCUCGACGCAUUCCUUGCUGGCAUGGAUACAGAGGAGGGGGCUCCGUUCUCAGAGCGCGUGGCGAAGGACAUAGGAAUGCGUCUUGCUAUAGCUGUCACGCGCGUUGUGCCGCGGGUGCGCAGCAUGUCGCCGGAGGAGAAGGCGAGAGCGAGGUACUGGCGGUCCGCGCUUCCAAUGUACAUGGAGCGCGGAUUCAUCCGCCACGACCUCUUCGUCGAUAAUUAA